GCGGCCAACAUGGCCGACGGGGAAGACGGCUGCCCGGUGGGGCGGGAGCCGGGACCGGAGCCGGGAGAAGAGUUCGAGAUCGUGGACCGGAGCCAGGUGCCUAGCCCUGGCGAACUGCGCAGCGCGGCCAAGCCGCGGACCGGGCCGGAGGGCUGGUCGGCGCCCAUCCUGACCCUGGCGCGAAAGGCCACCGGCAACCUGUCGGCGAGUUGCGGGAGCGCGCUGCGCGCGGCCGCGGGGCUGGGCGGCGCGGACAGCGGCACGGACGGGACGGCGCGUGCAGCUUCCAGGUGCCAGAUGAUGGAGGAGCGUGCCAACUUGAUGCACAUGAUGAAACUCAGCGUCAAAGUCUUGCUGCAGUCCGCCCUGAGCCUGGGCCGCAGCCUGGAUGCGGACCAUGCCCCCUUGCAGCAGUUCUUCGUAGUGAUGGAGCACUGCCUCAAACACGGGCUGAAAGUUAAGAAGAGUUUUAUUGGCCAAAAUAAAUCUUUCUUCGGUCCUUUGGAGCUGGUGGAGAAACUUUGCCCAGAAGCAUCGGAUAUAGCCACUAGCGUCAGAAACCUGCCAGAAUUAAAGUGAGUGAGAAGUAGCUAACACUGAUU